UAGAAAAACAUAAACAAAAACGGAAUUUUUGAAAAUUGCACAUUCCAUAUAACAUGGAUCAAGUUUGUCGCGUUUGCACAAGCAGCGCCGUCACCCUCGUGGAUAUAUUCGCCAAGCGAGACCAAUCAGAGGAGGAGCCCUGCCUGGCCGAGAUGCUAAACGAAUGCAUCAACUGCCUUGUGCGACGCGACGAUCCAUUUCCCAAACAGAUUUGCCUCUCCUGCGUGCUGGCCGCCCAGAAUGCCUAUCGCUUCAAGAAGAGAUGCGAGCAGAGCCAUAAGCACUUCUGCCAGCUGUUGGGCUUAAGCGAGGAUUGCUGCGAAGAUUGGCAAUUCCCAGAAUGUGGCAUCAAAGUGGAAACUAAUGAAAUGGAGGAAAUGCUGGGACACGAGCUUGUACCGCCGGACAUAGCUGGGCGCAUUAAGAUCGAGCCGGUGGACUCCAUUGAACAGAGUACCACGACGAGAAUCGAUGCUAUCCAGCUAAAUGAACCAGUCGAAGCUAGUCCAAAGUCAGUGCCAAGCGACAAAGCAGAGCAAUGUCCAGUGUGCUCAAAGGUUUUCGCCAAUCGCGGCAGUCUCAAGCGUCACAUACGGAUACACUCGGGCGAGCGGCCCUACAAAUGCAUCUACUGCCAGAAGGCGUUCAAUCAGAGCUGCAAUCUGGACAAACAUAUGCGCGUCCAUUCGGGCGAACGGCCGUACAAGUGCGGCCAGUGCCUGAAGGCCUUCACGCAGAGCAACCAUUUGGCGAAUCACCUGCGCAUUCAUGCCCACACCAACGUUGACGAACUGCAUCUACAGCCGCACAAGCGCACGCAUUCCAGCGAAACGAACUGGGCGGAGCUGGAGGGGCAGCAUCGUAGUCGAGCUGGCGAACGUGCCCACAAGUGCAGCCUCUGUGCGAAGGCGUUUACCAGCAAGUGGUAUCUGCAGGAACACCUGCGCGCUCACUGUGGCGAGCGAUCCUUUAAGUGCUGCCAUUGCCCAAAGAAUUUUGCCAACCGCGGAGAUCUCGAGAGGCACAAUCGCGUUCAUUCCGGCGAACGGCCGUACGAAUGCUCGCAUUGCCCAAAGACAUUCAGCCAAGCUGUUAACCUGGAAAGGCACAAACGCGUUCAUUCAGGUGUUCGACCCUAUCAGUGUCCCCAUUGCCACAUGGCGUUUACACAGAAAAGCCAUUUGGUAAAUCACAUUCGCACUCAUUCGGGAGAACGUCCGUUCCAGUGCUUACACUGCAUGAAACGCUUUACCCGGCGCGAGUAUCUCGGGAAGCAUAGUCGUAUUCACUCACUUAAAUAA